UUUUGAAAGGGGAUUGUCUGUUUUUGCGAAGAAUCGAUGCUGUGCAAAGUAACGAGAUAUCUAUAAAUAACACGAUACGUUAUCAACGUUCGUUUACACCAGAGCGAGUCUUGGCUAUUUAAUCUAAUCGCCACGCCUCUACAUUUAAUUAAUAACAGAAAUUAAUGAAUACGUCACUCAGUUCCUUUUUGAAUGCGGUAGAAGAAGAUCGUGUAUUUUGUGAAUUCUGUGUGUGAUUAAAGUUAAUUUUGCAUCAAGAUUUGCACCUUGGCCCCGAAGUUAUACCGGUUAAUUAGAAAGGCCAUAGAUUAUAAGUGUAACCUAACUUUUUAAGAGAAAAUAGUGAACUUUUUGCGAUGUCCGUCUUGAAUAACUUUACGGUGUCCGUUGCGAAGGGUUUACGACGUCUAAGACAUAAGCAGGAGCUUCGCGAGGUGGUGCCCAAUGCUUCAAGAAGGAAAGGCAACACAGCAGUGCCGGAGGAGACAAAGCUGAACAUGGAGAAAUGCCUCAUCGUGUCAAAGGUUACCAGAUAUGAAUAUGAAAGACAUUGCCACGAGAAUCUAUCAGAAUCGGAACUAGAGAAAGUGCUUAGAACACGGGGUUCUGAUUACGACUCCAUGCUGAAGACACACAAGCAACAGAAGGCAUUUGAAGAGAAUGUAGCGAAGAGCCUCAGAGAUAUGGGACUUAAAGUGGAAAUGGCGAGCAGAUUAACAUACAACGAUGAUAUAAUAAGUUGGUGCGACGUCGUGGUGCCAUGUGGUGGGGAUGGCACCUUCCUUCUAGCAGCCUCUAGAGUCAGAGACGCUAAUAAACCAGUGAUAGGCUUCAACAGCUCACCACAGAAGUCGGUAGGGCGCCUCUGUUUACCCACCUGGUGUUCCAACGACGUGAAGGGUGCGUUCCAGGCGAUCAAAGAGGGCAGGUUCAGAUGGAUGCGUCGCUCCAGGAUACGUACGACCGUCACCUCGGAGCCGCAGCUGUUGGAGACCAUCACCCCUGUAGAUCUACACACACUGCAUUUUUGCAGAUAUCCUCCAGUCCAGAACACCCAUGAGAUGGUGGACGCUUACAACAUGAACUCUCGACAGAUCGCCACCAAUAUAAAGGACGCGCCCGUCAGUCCCACGCUCGCCACUAAAGUGUUACCUUUCCUGGCCCUUAAUGAGGUAUUUAUAGGCGAGAGUGUAACAUCCCGCGUGUCACUACUCCGACUACAGAUAGACAACGGCGCCUGGUCUCAUACGAAGAGCUCCGGACUCUGUGUCACUACUGGGACUGGGAGCACUUCGUGGCACUUUAGUAUAAACUGUCUCCGCACGCAAUCAGUGCAGGAGCUGAUGAAGAUCCUCCACGAGGAGUACAAGGUCCCAUUGGACACGGCCAUGGAGAAGGCGCGCGAAGUCACUGAGAAAUAUAACCAGAAACUCAUGUUCGCUGCAGAUUCCGACCAGCUAGCGUAUUCAGUGCGUGAAUACAUAACGUUCGAGGAGUGGCCCACUCCCCGCGGACUCAAAGUACGGGACAAGGCUAGCUCGGUUAAAGUCAAGUCGCAUUGUACUGAUGCGGGCCUAGUAAUCGAUGGCAGCGUCUCAUUCCCCUUCAACGAUGGUACAGAAGCCAUAUUAGAAAUCCAUCCAGAAGACUCACUGAUGACGGUACACAUGGACGAAAAACGGCCAUAAUAUUAACUACGUAAGGUCUAGUUUAGAAUGAAUUUGUAAACGGCUUAGUGACUUGGCCGUUAAAAUCUUGUAGGGCGAAGAAUUCGAUAAGAAUUGUGCUUGAACUGUUAUAUUACAUACUAGCUACUCUGGCGCAGUGUUACCCGCUGCUCGGCUCCUAUUGGUCGUAGCGCGAUGUUUUAUAGCCUAUAGUGUCCCUCGAUAAAUGAACUUUUCAACACAAAAAGAUUUUUUUAAAUUGGACCAGUAGUCCCGGACAUGAGUUCACAAACACUCCAGUUUUAUAUACAAGGUGUUGUUUUAAAGCCGCGUCAUUUUCUAAGAAAUAACUCGGCUAUCGAUUCUGAGUCCGAAUCAAUAAAAGAAAUUGUAGGUAAAUAUUUUUCAUUUUUCUGUAAAUUACGGAAAUCCAUAAGUGCGACCUACACGCCGUCCUCUUUUAACUAGCGUUAUAACGCGGCUUAACACAUACAAACUCAAACAUGUAAUUGAUAUUAUUCCUAAUUCCAUAAAACUCCAAUAAGAAACAUUGCUGUCGGUUAUUCUGAAAUACUGUCGAACUUAAACAAUUUGUUAUAGCUGUAUUUUUACAUAUUGGCCCGAAAUAUUCUCUUACAUUAAACCUUUAUGACUUCUGUGACAUGCCCCCAAGAAAUAUCACGGCUUCAAAACUACACCUUGUAUAGGUUGGUAUUGUCUAUUUGUCACGUAGAGUAAAUUGUAGUAACACGUUGUUAUGGACUGAUGAUGAUGAUGAUGAAUUAAGACGGAUUUAAGCUGAGGUAUUUAGUGAUAGGCUAGCUCCCAUUUAUAAAAUAGCUAUUAAUAUAAAAAUAACGGAUUUGUAAUCGGUAGUGGGUUCUUCCCCAGUUACAUUGUGAUUAUUAACAUAAAUAAAUACCUAAUGAGGGCUAUAUUUUAACUCAUUAGAUGGCGCUAGUGUGAACCUAUCACUUUUCGUCCAACUCUAAUUAGUCUGUCAGUUAGAUAAUGAAAAGAUAUUAGACACGUAUUCUUUUAUUUUGUCGUAUAAGAAAACAAUACUUAGAUAACACGGAGUUAAGUUUAGGAGUGGGAGGUCGUACAGCGUCCGUACAAAAUUGUACCACGUUGUGACGUCACACGAUGUUUUGAAGCAAUAUAUUGUCGAAAGUAUUAAAUUUUGCAAGAAAAACAAAAAUA